UCCGGGGAGGAGAAGAAGAAGAAGAAGAAGAAAGAUGUCCACCAGCUAACGCUAGCUAGCAUCUGGUGCUCGAAAAAUGAUGCGCCGUUCAUCUUUUAGUCGUAUUUUUCUCUUCGAGCGAGGCACAGCCAUAACUAAAACAUCAGUCCGUCGACUGCAUAAGAACAUAACCACCAGAGUGUGUCAGUAGAGUGGUUUAUAAAGUAGUUUUUGGGAGGCUGUGUGUGUGUGUAUCUGUGCAGGGGCAUUGGGAGGGGGAGGAGGUCUCCUCAGGUCAGCUGUCCGUCAGUCAAACGUCAGGGAGGGUUGUGGACCCAGUCGUCAUGGCGGCGCCAGUAAACAUCCAGACUCCCAGUAAGACCUGGGAGCUGAGUCUGUAUGAGCUGCACCGGAGCCCUCAGGAGGCGAUCAUGGAUGGAACGGAGGUGGCGGUGUCCCCUCGCUCUCUGCACAGCGAGCUGAUGUGUCCCAUCUGCCUGGACAUGCUGAAAAACACCAUGACAACCAAAGAGUGUCUGCACCGCUUCUGCUCCGACUGUAUCGUCACCGCGCUGCGAUCCGGGAACAAGGAGUGUCCGACCUGCAGGAAGAAGCUGGUCUCCAGGCGCUCGCUGCGCCGAGACUCCAACUUCGACGCUCUGAUCUCGAAGAUCUACCCGAGCCGCGACGAGUACGAGGCCCACCAGCACCGCGUCCUCGAGAGACUCAACAGGCUGCGCAACAGCGUGGUGCUGAGCUCCAGCAUCGAGGAGGGUCUCCGGCAGCAGGCCCGCUACAGGAACCACCGGGUGAAGAAGCCCACUCAGGAGAGUGACAACACCACCUUCAGUGGGGGGGAGGACAACGGCGAUGCCCGCUCCCACCUGUCCCACGACUCGGCCCCCUCGCACACCCCUCUACCCCCCGGGCAGACCCCGUCGGAGGCCGGGCCGAGCCGCAAGCGGCCGCGAGCCUCCGAAGACGGCUCGGGGCCCGAGGCGGACAGCGGCAGCCCCACGCCUCCGCUGAGGCGCCACAAGGAGGGGCCGGCCUCCGAGAUCGAGCUGGUGUUCAGACCCCACCCAGAGCUGGUCCAGGCCGAGGACUACAACCAGACCAGGUACGUGAAGACGACCGCCAACGCCACAGUGGACCAUCUGUCCAAAUACCUCGCUUUGCGCAUCGCGCUGGAGGACAGGCGGACCAACGGAGAGACGGAGGACAGAGGGAGGGAGGAGGGAGGAGAGGACACGGGAGGAACGGCGGGAGGUGGAGAGGGGUCCGGUCUGAGCAGCAUCAGUGAGAAACAGUACACCAUCUACAUCAUGACGAGAGGGGGACAGAUCUCGGUGAGUAACGGCGGACUAGAGCUGACGGGCCCGCCGCCGCCGCCACAGCAACCGCAGCAGAAGUCUCCCCCCCCACAGAGGGAGGGAUGAGAAGGAGGGCUGUGCUCUCUCCUCUCCAACCACACGUCUUCUUCUCUGAGGUCGGAAGCUCAGUCGCCAAAAUAGAGCUCAACAGAAUUUUUUAGUUUUUUUUUUAUCAAUGGCUCCGGUUCCCAGAAGUGUUUUUCAAUCGUUCCAUUGACAUUUAAAAAACGUCUUCUAUAACGAGUUUUACGUCUGGAACCAAGCCGACCAGCUGCGAGAGGAACCUGGACCGUGAUACAUUUGACUCAGCUUUACAAAAAAAAAGAACAUUUAAAAAAAUUUA